GUGAGUACCAAAGGAGGGUAAAGUGAAAUGGAGGGCAUAGCGGGAGAUCCAAUCCCCACAAAUCGAUCGUUCACCAGCACCCUCUCUCUCUCUCUGAGCACAAAAUAUUUUAUUAUGUCGGGGAGGUACUGGAACGAAGGUUCCAGAUACUGGAAGGUAGGCGGCACAAAGAGGAGGAGGUCACAAAGAAGAAGAUAAGGAACGGGAUAAGGAACGAUGGGGGUCCGUCUCGCAGACCUUUCAUGAACAGACUUGCGAAGGGGCAAGUUGGGAAUCGAGGCAUCGGAACGACGACAUGUGGAGGGUCUGUCAGAGAAAGGGAGACGGGAGUGAAUAUCCGCAUCGAGAGGGAUGGGGAGCUGGACAAGUGUCUUGCAAGUUGGGACGAAGUUGACACUUGCAUGCAGCACCCUGAGCCUCCAUGAUCACGAUCAUCAUCCUCUCCUGCCCGCCCUCAUCAUGGAUUCAUUGAAAAACGAGUUCGCAGCGACAUCGUCCUCGCCUGUUUACGUACGAGAGACGCAUGAGGGCGAACGAUGUCUCCAUCGAUCCACUCAGCGACGGGCACCCACCAACCCCAUAAACCCUCUCCGUCCAAACCAAAAGCGAAGCCUCAUUUCGACCCCGACGUACAGGCCAUACGAGGCAUCCGACAUAUCUCCAUCCCUCUGUCAGCAGUGCACGUUUGUUUUGAUCGAACUUUGGAGGAUCUCCUCCUCAGUGUCCAAGGCAGCCACCAGCCCCCAGCCACCAGCCCUCCCUCCCUCCCUCCCUCGCUCGCUAGAGCUUUGACCACAAGGUACCAAACAAACGGCCACUUGGGAAGUCCCUCGCUUGCUUCAAUCAGUGUCAAGCUCAGAAGGAGAUUUGCUCUACUUGAGACUGGCACUACUAAUGGAGAAGUGUGUUCCCUCCGGUACUCGACCAGGUGCAUCUGGUGGCUAUGCUUCCAGUUGAAUCCGGUCGGCAUUCUUCGAAGAUUCAAUCCAGGCAGGCUUUGUCGACAGAGACCGGCUUUAAUUCCAAGCAGCCCACAACGCCAAAGUAUUUUUGUACCUGGAAAUGCAUCUGGUUGAAGACGGGAAUGAUCAUCAUUCCCGUGUUGACUAGACGAACAAGGCAGGAAGGUAGCAGAAAGUCUUAGCAGCAGCAGCUGCGAAACCUCGGGACCUAUGUUCACGUACAACAAGCCGAAUCUAGGCAAUCAAUCUGCAGGCAUGUACAUGACGUUGCAUUCAGUGGGUCUCUCGCCAAGUGAGAGAUCUCAUACUUUGCAAUUUGCACUGCCAAGUCUGGGAUCUCAGUCGCCGUCCAGAGCAGACAGAGCUGGUGUGAUGUGAGGAAUUCAGAGUGAGGGGCUCUGCUCUGAGUCGCCUUCUUUGUCGUGGAAGCAAAUCAUUUAUUGAUCAUGUUCAGUUUCAAAAUUAGAUCUCGUUAUGGACUAAAUUGAUCCAACUUGUUUGAGGUUCAGUAUUUCGUGGUCAACC